UGUCUCGUCUUGAUAGAUACCAGGAAAAUUCCGAAUUCGACAUUGUCUGUUUGUAUGUCUGUUCAACAGGGCUGAGGCAGUAGGCACUCACCACACUAACAAUAAGGCAGCGUGCAAAGACCAACUGAGACGACUAACAAUAAGACAAAGUAGUGAAGACGAAACGUUUCACUCUUCACGAGCUUCUGAAUUUGGUUUUCGUUAUUUCCUCUGCUGUGGCCAUUGACAACUUAACUUUUCGCAACCAUGAGCCAACCGGCUUUGCUUCCUGCACCAAAUUGGUACUUAUCAACAGUCGCAGACUGUUCCCCUGAUGGCACUCUGGCUUAUGGCAGCAGGAACGGCUUGGUUUUGAUCAACUCCAUUGAUUUUUCUGAAGGAUGUGCGCCAUGCCCUAACUUCAACUUGAUACCCAAUGCCCACAAGAAGAAGAUAACUACUGUAUCUUGGUCUAACAGGCCUUUGAACGAAGACCUGCCGAAUUAUUUACUAGCAUCUGCUUCAGAUGAUUUCUUUGUUGCUAUAUGGGAUACACAAGCACUUGAUCUGGUCCAAAAGCAUGAAGAACAUGGCUCUGCUGUCACUAAUCUUGAUUGGACCAAACUUGGUGAUCUCAAGUUAGUGUCAACAGAUGUUACUGGGCAGCUGGUUGUAUGGGAUUUGGUCCGAAACACGACUAGAACGCAGAGAAUGCUGACAUCUACCUCUAGACUGCAACCUUUUGACUUGAAAUGCAGCCCUGUUGAUGCAGAUAUUGUUGCUGUUGGCUGCAAAGACGGCCUCAUCUGCAUUUUAAACAUCAAUGGACUGGGAAGCAUCAAAAGCAGACUGCGUGGCCAUGACAAAUCGGUUGUUUCCCUCUCCUGGUGCCCAGAGACUAGCAUUUUAGCAUCCAGUGGCAUUGACCAGAAAAUCAUUAUUUGGAACAAUGGCAUUUCUGAAAAGAUUUUUCAGAUACCAAGCAAGUCUCUGAGUGGUUUAGUGAAGAUAAAGCCAGGGGAGAAGUCCCAAGGCUUGUUGAAGCAGCCCCUGCUUUUCCUAAAACCAGAUUUGAUUGUAUCUGGCUCUACGAAUGCUGAGCUUCUUUCAUGGAACCCCAAGGAAGAGACACCCUUGCCCACCCUCCUCAACUCUGACCACGCACGUGGCUUGUUCUGCAUGACUCACUGUGGCGAUGUGGUGUGGACCAUAGCCCAGGACAGACUGUUAAUCAGACAUGAUUUGAAGACCAAAGAGGCCACAUUCUUCUCCACUCUGGGAGGAUUUGUCUAUUGUAUUGCGUUUUGCCCGUUUGCUCCUGGCAGAGUUGCCAUCGGAGUGGGCGACGAAACGAUCAGAAUCUGGAAUAUGAGUGCCUCUACAGGACUCACCACCACCACAAUUUGGCAGAAGAUAAAGGGCAAACCACUGUCCCUCGCCUGGAAUCCAGAGAAAGAGGGAGAGCUGGCUUUCUGCACCACCGAGGGCAGAGUUGGAGUGUGCUUUGUGUCGAACGCGUCCAAAGAUCCUCUGAUCAUGCGCCAUUUCCACAAGACUUUCGUCUACAGAGUGUGCUGGGGCCCUGGCGUGUACUCGAAGGACAAACCGGCUCUGGAGGAUAAGAUGUACCUUUACGCCUGUGACGAAAACAACAGCGUCAUUUACAUGGACGCUAAUAGCCAGCCGACCCUAUUGAGGAUCAUCAUCAGAGCUUCUAACCCUAAAAUGAAAGAUUUCGCAGAACACAAAGACAUUGCGUGGAAGCCAGACAAGACGCUGCUUGCACUGGGAAUGGACGACGGCUCCAUCCAAUUGUUCACGGCGCCUCAUCUUGAGAUAGUCCACACCCUGAUGUCGCACAAGAAGAUGAUUUUCUACAUGACGUGGCACCCAAGCAACACUGCUGUUGAAGACAAAGACCAGAAAAAGCAGAAUUGGCUUGCUUCUUGCUCCAUGGACCAGCUAAUCCACGUCUAUGACCUUUCCCCAUUGCUCUCACAGGGGGAAGAAAAGGUAUGGAGAGGAGCUUCACUUCCUCUUAAACCAAUGUCUGAGUUGAGGCAUGGAGGCAAAGUUGUCUGUCUUUCCUGGAGCCCACACGUCGGCGGCAAUCUUGCGUCUUCUUCUUUCGACAUGUCGGUCAAAGUGUGGGACGCAGCCAAGGGCGAGGUGCUGGCCUGCUACACGAAACAUGUCGGCUGCGUCUAUAGCUGCUGCUGGAGUGCCUUGCAUCCGGACAUUAUCGUUUCCGGCGCUUCCGACUUCACCUGCAGAACUUGGGAGAUAUCGUCCACCUCAUCUGACAACUCACCCCAAUCCAGAUCACAGCUGAGAGAGGAAAAGACAGGAUCUUCUUUAGUACCAGUUCCUUUGCGUGUCGACGCACAUGUCAUGAAAGUAGGAGGAGGAAAAAAGAAAUAUGCUGAAGAGACAGUUAAAGACUCAAAGGGACCUAUCGCAAGUCCCAGUCCCAAGCCUUCUCUAUUCCCAAUCUCGAAUGCGUCGUUCCUUAAAAAUUCGAUUGCCUGUGUCUUGCACUUGCUGGAGGGCAAAGGUCAUGAGCCCCCAGGAAAAAAGGCUUUGUUGGAGGAAUGUGGCCUAAGAGAAUGUUCAGAAAAUCACUUUGGCUUCUUCCAAACGCAAGAGGAAGCCACAGAUCUGUUGAAGAAAGAAGCUGAUGCUCUGAAGAAAGCUGGCAACCAUCUCAGUCUGUCCCACUUGAGGUUGUGGCAAGGCGACACUCGGGAAGUCAUUAAAAACAGCACAAAUGCCAAAAAGCUCGACGAUUGGCUCGUCUCCCUGGCACCCUCAGUGUCGCACAAAUUUUGGAUGGAGACCUGUUGUGCUUAUGCGGAGCAGCUGGUCGAGGGAGGAAAUGCGCUGAAAGCGGCCUCGUACUACCUGCUGUGCCACAAGGAGACUGAAGCCAUUUCUGUCCUGUGCAAGAAUAGCUUGUUCAAGGAGGCAGUCGCCAUUUGCCACCUCCGUCUGCCUGCGGACGACCCGCUGCUGCAAAGCACCCUCGCCGCUUGGGGAAAGCACAGCCAAGAUACAGGAAAUUUUGAAGUUGCCAUGCAAUGUUUCAUCGCCGUGGGUGACUACGAGAAAGCGGCAGUGGUGCUGGGCAAAAGAAAGAACCCAAAACUGUGGCAGCUUGGUGCUUACCUGGCAAAGCUGGCCAACGCGACUGAUCUCCAUCUGUCUAUGUCGACAGAAUGCUUCUUUGCCUUCCUGCAUGACGAGCAGUGGGAUCUUGCUACAGGGCUGACUGAAACCCUACCAGAACUCAAGGCCCACAAGGAAUUGCUGGAGGUUCACAAAAUAAUUUGUGCAAAGGAUAAGGCAGGGUUGAACAUGGAGAAGGUCUGGUCACCUUCUGAUUCUAUUUUGACUGAGCUGGAAGAUGCCAUUGGACAGGUCACCAAUGAUGACUACCAGCAUUUCCUUGAAACAUUCACUGUCGGUAUCCAGCUGCCAAAAGAGAAAAAGGAGCUUCUGGUGUCCACCUCAAAACUGUUGCUAUUGGCCGUGGCAGCCAAGAAGUGCGGGUCAAAGGAUUGGGAGAAGCACAUCAUCAAGGUCUUGCACCUGAACUACAGACGCAGCCUGACGACAGUCAAGGAGCGGCAGCUGCACCUGCUGCUGCAGUGGCUUGGCACCAUGCAGCUAACUCAAUACAGCAAGAGUCUGGAGGCGUACAAAGCCACCGCCUAUGUGGCCACUGCAAAUCCUGACGACCCUGAUCUCUUUUCCAAACUGGAACAGUACAAAUCAGUCCUCUUGGACCCCGACUGCGCCCGUUUUGCUGUCGUCGACUAUCAGGACACUGAACUGGGGAAAAUGCUGGCAGAAGCACGAAGCAAAAAUGAGGAUGUGACCAAAAUCGAGAAGGAUCUGAGAGACUGCCAAGAGGAGAGGGAGCGACUGUUGCAGGCCAGGGUCGCUUUCCCUAGUGCCAUGAUCACAGUCAGCAGUAUUCAGAGAUUGUUCAAUAACUAUUCCAAGGAGGACAAAUUGAAGGUGGACAGCUUUGAGUCAGAAAUUGAUGCCUUCAUUGCUACGAUGCGAUGAUCAACCAAUUUGAUAAUUAUUGUCUCAUAAUCAGGAAGAGAUUACUGCAUUUUUAUUUUGUUUAAUUCACCUGUCAGUUUGAUCUUGGAAAAAUAAAAGCUGACUACUAUAUAAUU